UUGUUGGCCGCGUCCAUCACUCCUCGUCCCAGGCUGACAUAAUGAAUGCGCUUGGACACACCUUCCAGCCCGGCGCAGAGGCGCCGCGUCUCCACGGACAGCCCCGCCGAGCUCUCCGCUCCGCUCCCCGCAGCCCUCGGGGAGGCGUCCCGGCAGCCCGCCCGGCCCCGGAGCCCGGCGCCCCGUCCCAGCCCAGUGAGGGGCCGCGGCGGCCGGGCCGGGCUGGGCCGGGCCGGGCAGGGCGAAGGGGGUAGAAGCCUUCGCUAUGCUGCCCAGCGCCCUGUACUGGGACCUGGUGGGCUCCUCUGCUCUCCUCAACCUGCCGGCGACGCCGGGCUUCGGCAACCUGGGCAAAAGUUUUCUCAUCGAGAACUUGCUGCGGGCCGGGGCGCCGCCGAGCCCUGCCCAGCUCCGUCCCCUCCCCGCCAGCCCCGUCCCCCUCAAGCUGUGCCCCGCGGCGGAACAAAUCAGCCCCUCAGGGGCUCCCUUCCCGACAAGAUGGGCUUUCCAAGUGCUUAACCCCUCCGGGGCGGACGGCAGCCGCCCGCCAGCGCGGGCCUCGGCGGCGGAGAGAGGUGGCGUCUUCCUGCCGGCAGCCACAGCUCUUUCCAAACACGUUUUUCUCCGAGCCCCGCCAUUCUACUCAGCAUGCUGUGGUGGGUCCUGUCAGCACCCUGCAUCCCCCACUGCUUUUCCAAGAGAGGAAAGUGUGCUGCCUCUUCUGACCCAGGAGUCUAACUCCAAGUCCCGCAGAGGCAUAUUAAGAAGAGCUGUCUUUUCCGAAGACCAGAGGAAAGCUUUGGAGAAAAUGUUUCAGAAGCAGAAGUAUAUUAGUAAAACAGACAGGAAGAAAUUGGCCCUUAACCUGGGUCUAAAGGAGUCUCAGGUGAAAAUUUGGUUUCAGAAUCGAAGGAUGAAAUGGCGAAACUCCAAAGAAAAAGAAGUACUUUCAAACAGGUGCCUCCAGGAAGAAGGUCUUCAGGAGAACUACCUCUCACGGUCUACCAUGAAUUUUACCUCCCCGUGCCCAUCUGUAUGGCAAGUGUCUGAGGAGCAGACAAGUCCAAGGUGGAGGGAGAAUUCUCCAGGAAAUUCUGAAAGACUGACUAGUACACAACCACCUCCAAGAGCAAAUUCAUCACAAAGCCCACUGUAUUUGUAUCCUGACCAAGACACUGCAAACAAGGCAGUUACAUCAUCAGUGUAAGGAAGUAGGGGCAGUUUGUAAAUUGAGUGGGAGAGUGCAGCCUUCAAAUGAGCAGUCUUUUAAGACUAACAAUAUUUGAAUAUUGUAAAGCUAACUAGUUUAUGACUUCAAAAUUUGCUAAAGUCUAACACCAUUAAAAUUACAAAAACUAAUGACUUAAGAAGUAUUCUUCAAUACUCAGUCUUUUCUUGUGUUUUUUCCAGUAUUGUACUGACCUUAAAAGUGAAAUAGGAACUGAUGGUAAGUAAAAUGAAGUGAAGAGCAUAAAGCUGUGCUCUGAUUUAUACAUCUGCACUGUGUGUGAUACUCAUUAAAAACACACUGAUAGAGAAUCACUUUUAUCUCUCAUUGUAGUCAGACCAAUUAAUUUCUUUUGUGCAUGAGAUAAGAAAAAGCCUGUUUCUUUCAAGCCAGUAAGUGGUUUUGGGUACUUUUUGAAAUUCAUGAAAUAGCACAAUAGAUUCAUAGGGAUGAACAUAAGCAUUUUUGACAUGUAUUCUUCAUCUGUCCUCACCUGUGUCACUAUUCUAUUAGUGUUGAAUAGCAUGGUCACAGGUCAGCUGAUAACCUUGGUAAAGUGUGCAAUACUAAAGGGCAACCGACCUACCCUAUAAAAUAUUCCAUGUUUAAGUAACUUAUGUGAAUGUGUACUGGGAAAUUCCAUUCACUAACUCCUGUCUUUUCUCCCAUGGGUAAACCUUACAGCAUUCUUAACUCUGAAUUUCAGUGGCUUUUGUCAGGGUGUUAGUGCAUUCUGUUGUAAUCUCUUUGGUAUUUCAAAACUGUAACAACAGUAUGCAGAAUUGUAGCCAAAAUGCACUAAGCAGCAGACCCAUAACUGGAAAAAUUGCCACUACAGCCAUCUCAGAGAAGUGCUUAUGGAGAUGGUGUACCACAGUAGCCCUAUUUGUGACUUAUUCCUGUUUAAGCUGGUGCCAAUAGGGAUACAUUAGCAUAUGUCUGUAUCAAGGACAGGGCAGUAUUCUGUAUAAUACAAGUAGCCUCGAAUAAUAUUAUUAAAGCUACUUAAAAUUACUUGCUUGCUUCAUCUGAUUUAAGGAAAUCUGUCUAUGAAUUUAAGUGGGUUUUUUGUUUGUUUUAUUUGCAAGGCUAUAUAGCUCAAGAUGGGAGCAGAACACUGUUUUUCUCUAUCAUACAUUUAUGGAUGCAUUUGUUGAGAAGAGAGACUUAAGAUUUUAUGUUACAGGCAAAAUCUUCUGGAGAACAUUAUGGUUUUAUAGGGACUGUUUGCUUUCUGGCAUUCAUAUCUUUUAUAGGCAAAAGAGAUGAUUAUGACAAUAUAGUCUGGCUUUUCUCAUCAUA